UUCUCCUGCGGUUUUUACAGCCGUAGUGAGGGACGCCUUGGCCGAUUUGUGCCUCCCCUCGGGCUCCUCCGUGCUCCAGUAUGCGGAUGAUCUUCUGGUAACGGCGGAGGAUAAGGACAUUUGCGCUACAGCUACACUCGCUCUCCUCUCUCUUCUGGCGCAAGAAGGUUUCAAGGUCUCACGAACUAAGCUUCAGUUCUGCCUCCCCACUGUUCGAUAUCUGGGUCACGAUCUCUCCCAGGGCUCCCGCAGGCUCAGCCCCGAGCGUGUGCAGGUCAUCCUAGACACUCAGGUGCCUGCCACCAAACACGCCCUCAUGGCUUUUCUGGGACUUAUCAAUUACUGCCGCCAGUGGAUUCCUGACUGUUCCACCUAUGACAAGUGUCUGCGCUCUGCAAUUCUGCACUCGGACCCUUUGACUCAGCCCUUGGUAUGGUCUGACGAGAUGUUGUCGGCCUUCAGGGCCUUGAAACAGGCUUUAUGCUCGGCUCCUGCUCUCGGACUUCCGAAUUACCGUUUGCCGUUUCAUUUAUAUGUGUGCAACCAGCAGGGAACUGCGUCUGGGGUUUUGGCGCAGGAGCACGGGGGGGGUAUGCGGCCUUGUGCGUUCCUCUCUAAAACUCUCGAUUCUGUGGCUCAGGGUCUCCCUGCUUGCCUCAGGGCGGUGGCUGCAUGUGCUGUCAUGGUCACGGACGCUGAACGGCUGGUCUUAUCUCACCCGCUCGUUCUCCACACCUCACAUGAUGUAGUGCACGUUUUAAAGAACCUCAGUACCCAGCAUUUAUCUGCGCAGCGUCGCUCUGGAUACGAGUCUAUUCUUUUGGCCACCGAAAACCUUACUGUUAAGCCCUCCUCCUCCUUUGAUUCUCUCGCGCACGCGCUUCAGCGCCUCCUCAAUUCACAGGAUGAUUUUCUUUCUUCUGAAACACACGACUGCAUUUCUGACAUUCUUUUUGAGACAAGUAUCCGCCCCGACUUACGUUCCACCCCCUUACUUUCAGGUGAUUCGCUGUUUGUGGAUGGCUCGUGUUCACGCCCCUCUGACGGCGUCUUUGUGUGUGGUUAUUCUGUGUGCCGCCUUCCUGAUGAAACUGUUGAAGCUUUUUCUCUUCCUUUCUCCUCGGCUCAGGCUGCCGAACUAUACGCUCUAACCCGUGCAUGUGUUAUUGCUCAGGACACAGACGUCACUAUCUACACUGACUCACGUUACGCUUUCGGCGUUGCUCACGACUUUGGUCGGAUUUGGGCUUCGCGUGGGUUCACCACUGCAGACGGUAAGCCCAUUUCUCAUUCUUCGCUUGUUACUGAUCUUAUUACAGCGUGUCUUCUCCCGCGCUCUUUAGCCAUUGUUAAGACUCGUGCUCAUUGUAUUGGGGACUCUUUUGAGAUCAGGGGAAACUCUCUCGCCGAUCGCAUUGCCAAAGCCGCGGCUGCCUCCGGUGUUUUUCCGCCUUCGCUUACUCUCUCCCUGGUCUCAUCCAGCCGUAUGAUUAGUGCCGUUCUUCCGGACAUUGACUUGAUCUCCCUCCAGGCCUCCGCUUCGGCCUCAGACAACCAUUUCUGGGACUCAUGCGGCGCGCAGCCGUCUGACGGCGUUCGGAUCGAUGCUCAGGGCCGCCUUUGUUUGCCUAGACAUUGCACUCCAUUUCUCGUCCGCGAGUUUCAUGGUCCCACUCACCGCGGACGAAGGGGGGUAGUGGAGGAUUUAUCCAAAAUAUUUUGCAUCGACAAAAUACACACUGAUGUACAUCACAUUCUAGACAGAUGUUUAACGUGCGCCCAGAAUAAUCCAUCUAAACCAGGCGCGGUACAUCAGCACCUUCCCAUACCUGACACGCCGUUCCAGGAAUGGCAGAUUGACUUUACUCACAUGCCAAAACAGGGCCCCUUUAAGUAUCUCUUGGUCAUGGUCGACAAAUUUUCACGAUGGGUGGAGGCUUUCCCCUGUGGGAAAGAAGACGCUCGCACGGCGGUAAACAAAUUGACGCAAGAAAUCAUUCCGCGUUAUGGUCUCCCGGUAGGGAUAGACUCUGACAAAGGUACGCCGUUCACCUCUAAGGUGACACAAGAACUGUGUAAAGACUUAAAGAUCCAUUGGCGUUUCCACAUCCCGUACCAUCCGCAGUCCUCCGGCAUUGUGGAGCGCGCAAACAGAACAAUCAAGGGUAAGCUGCGUAAAGCCAUGCAAGAAGCUGGUACUAAAAAUUGGGUACAAGUUUUGCCUUUAGUUCUCGCUGACAUGCGAAUGACCGCUCAAGUGGCCCUCGACAACCUGUCUCCGUAUGAGCUCGUGAUGGGCCGGCCUUUUCCUACACCCUGGCGCAGAGGUAUGCAGGCUAUAGGAACGAGUGAUCUUGAUGUACAUCUCAGUGAGUACGCCGUGGGUCUCAUGCGGGUGUUGGAUGAGUACUGGACGAGACUAAAUUCCAAAAAGCCUCCCAUUCCUGAGGCACCCACUCACCCCUUUGAGGUAGGGGAUAAAGUGUUGGUAAAGAAAUUCGCUAAAUUAGGCACUCCUCUAGAGGAACCACCCUACAGUGAACCCACGGAUGUGCUCGCUGUAACUCGAACGGCUGUACUAACUGACCUUUUUCCACAGUGGAUUCAUGCCAGUCGAAUAAAGAAGGCUCCAAUGUAAUAGAAAUCUAUAUUGUUGAUGCUUAACAGGUUUUUGUGUUUCAGAAAGUUGCUGUGACAAUAGCUGACGGCCUUUUCAGGGAUCCCCUUUCCAGCAUCCGGAGUGAUCCGGUUUCGGCUGAUCUACAAAGAGGGGAUGGUCGGUGCGUCCCGCAGACUUCUGAACUGAGGAAUCUGGAAGACACGUGAGCCUGGGCUACCUUCAACUAUCUACAUCCUGUGGACACAGAAAGAACAAAGUCAGUGACCAGUAUGACUUUCCUUCUGGUAUUGGUCUUAGCGCUUGGAGCAGGGAAUCCCGCUCAAGCCAGCCACGAGGACAACGUUUUUUGGCGAUUUGCCAAUUGGACUGCUAAACAACAUACUAAUCAGUCUUGUUAUGUCUGUCAAUACGUUAGAGUCUAAACUGUAGUUAUACUCUGUAAACAAAGUAUAAAAGAGGGGAUUGUAAGAUUGUGUGUGUUCUCGUGCAUAGCUGUCCUGAGCUUUAUGACCCUUUCACACCCUGGUAAACGUGCAUAAUCGCGAGAACAGACUCUUUUGUUUUCUCUGUACCUUCUAGUUUCGCUGAAACCACCUUCCUGGUUCCUCUUGUUCUAGGGGGUGUAUGGUCUGCUCUUUCAUGUAUAACAAAAACGACUCCUUAUCUGGCGAGUUUCACCUUGUCUUGUCACGCAAGCUUCUGAUGUAUAUAAACCCUGCUUUUUCUAUGUAUCACUGAGCAGUGCUUGAAUAAACCAGAUUGAUUUAA